AAAAUUUCCAAAAUACAUAGUAACACAAAUUAAAGAACAUUAAACAAACAAAAAGUAUACACAUCUGGAAAGUGUAAAACUCAUACAUACACGACCAUGUAUUUGAAGAAAAAAAACUAAAAUAAAUAAAAAUUAUUUUAAAUUAAAACAAAAGACCGAGGAAUUCUACGAACACACAACGAAAGGAGGAGAAAGACAACGAAACAUCAAGAGUAGCAACAGGAACUAAAACGGCUCAACACCAACAACAAAGUCCGGAACAACAAUUAAGCCAACAAGAAGCAAGUACACUAAUGUCUGAAACCCGCAAAAAGCCAGAGCCACAGAAGUGCCAUCUGUGUGGUCAACGUCAUGUGCUGAGGCAGUGCCGAGCGUUCUUAGCGAUGAAGCCGGAGGAGAGGUACGAGUGCGCCCGGACUCAUCGGUACUGCAUUAAUUGUCUCGCCGUUUCUCACACCACGGGGGCGUGUGACUCCGCGUCCAGCUGCCGUCGAUGCUCGCUGGGUCAUCACACGCUUCUACACCGGGCUCGGCACUCAGAGGCGCGGCGAAGUCAAAGCCGCACGCGGGCACUGAAGAGCCGGUCGGCUCAACAACGCCAACAGAAACUGCGGCGACUGGUAGCUGAAGCAAAGGCGGCCCUGGACAAGUUAGAUGCCGGCCUACGAUCAACAACGCAUCAGGCUAU